GUGAAGGCAGCACAGAGACAAAAGUCCUUGAAGUCGCGGAGCGUGAAGAGGCGGAGAGACUGGGAGAGAGAGGUGUUAGAGCCGACACAAGUCUCUCAAACUCACACACACGGCCGUCUUCCCUCUCGCAGGGUUUGGAAUACUUUGCUUAAAGAACCGGAUUUUCCUCAGCCAUGGCUGUAGAAGGGGGAAUGAAAUGUGUCAAGUAUCUUCUUUUCUUUUUCAACUUAAUUUUCUGGAUAUGUGGGCUUGCGUUGAUUAUCGUGGGAAUCAUGGUUCAGAUGUCUCUGCACAAGACCUUCAUGAUCAAUGAUGCAUCAGCCUCUGGAGCUCCCAUCGUCCUCAUCGGAGUUGGAGUAUUGAUUUUCUUCAUUGCCUUUUUCGGCUGCUGCGGAGCAUGGAAGGAAAACUACUGCAUGGUCACCACGUUUGCCGUCCUUUUGUCACUGAUCAUCAUUGCUGAGAUCGCUGCAGCAAUCGCUGGAUACGUCUUCAGAAACAAACUCUCUACCGUCGUCCAGGAUAGCCUCACUGAAAUGAUCAACAGUUACAAAAAUGGCACAGCUGAAUUCAAAGCCUCCGUGGAUGGUAUGCAAGAGAAUUGGAAGUGCUGUGGGGUGAACAGCAGUGCUGACUGGAGGAACUUUGACCCUGACGGCAACACAGUGCCUGACUCGUGCUGCUUGAAUGUGUCUAAAGACUGCGGAAAAGGGGCCAUGGCAGACAAAACCAAAGUGUACCAGACGGGUUGUCAUGAUGUGAUUGAGGCUGCCCUGAAGAAAAACAUUCAGUGGGUGAUAGUUGCUGCUCUUGUUAUUGCUUUGUUGCAGAUAAUGGGCAUUGUGUUCGCCUGCAUGUUGAUGAGAGGCAUCCGCAGUGGUUACGAAGUCAUGUGAUCUCCACCUGAGUAGGUGCUGACUGGGCAGGCUACAGUAACUGAGAUCUUCUUUCUGCAACUUGCUAAUAAACUUGCUACUAAACACAGCAACAUUUUCCUCCCUUAUAUAGUUUGGUUAUAUUUUCAUAGUUGAGCAAUGUCCCCACUUUUAUAUUGUACAUGCAUAUUAAUAUUAGAAAAGGUUAAUGUCCAAUCUGAUGUUAGUUCAUGUUCUUUGUUAAGAGGAAGCCCCAUAUCUCUCUCUUCUUGUACCGUUCUUCUGAAUCUAAUUUUGGGUUGAGUUUCUGUGUUUUGCUUAUUUCCAGUUUUAAUUUUUUAUUAAAGACCAUUUAAAAUAA